CUUCCUUGAUUUUCUCUCUAAAAACUCUUUCCUUUCUCUCUCUUAAAAAAAAACUUGUUUCUCCCACUUCAUCUCUAAAAAACAACUAUUUUUGGAUCUACAAUGGAGGAAGGAAAUGUGCAGUCUGAAGUGAGAGAUUCUUAUGGAAGAGUUAUCGAAGAAGAAAACAGAGUUCAUGAGGUUCGAUUUGAUACUUCUAAUGGCGGAAAUGAGAAUGGUUUUACUUUUGGUUCUUCUGAUAAUAAUAAUAACAAUGGAUUAAGAAAUUUAGGUGAAGAAGAGAAAAAAGAUCUUUGUAUAAAAUCAUCAGAUUACAGGAGUAUUAAUUUUUCAUCUGGAUCGAGUAAUAAUACUUCUGCUGCUAGGUAUAAAUCAAUGUCUCCGGCUAUGUUACCGAUCUCAAGGUCACCUUGUUUAACGAUUCCACCUGGUUUAACUCCUACUAGUUUGCUUGAUUCUCCUGUUUUCCUUUCCAAUAUGAAGGCAGAACCUUCUCCAACUACGGGUACUUUCUUCAAGCAUCACAUCAUGCAUGAUAGUGCUUUUUCAGACACAUUUCCUGUGCCGAGGAACACUUCAAAUAAUAGUACAUUUGAUGAAAGAAGCUUUGGCGAUUUUGAGUUUAAACCUCAUGUUAGAUCAAGCUUGGGUUCUGCUGUAUCAUCAUUUGGACCUAUGGCUUCUGCGGGUCUAAAUCAAAAACAGUCCGAGUCAUUUAUGCAAAUGCAAGGUCAAUGCUUGUCUCCAACAUUUGCAUCCUCACCUAAAAGUGAAACGAGGGAACCUUCCUCUCAUGGAUUGACUCUGUCCGUUAAUGCUCCAAACGUACCAGUUGAAACGAUUACUUCAAAAGCUUGUGGACCAGUUGAAGUUGCUUCUGGUGAAUCACUGCAGAUACCAAAUUCGGAAACUGCGAUCCAACCAAUGGAAUGCGAUGAUAAAGGAGCUAGUACUGUUGUAACAGCUGAGAGGUCAUCUGAAGAUGGAUAUAAUUGGCGGAAAUAUGGGCAAAAGCAUGUCAAAGGAUGCGAGUUUCCAAGGAGUUACUACAAAUGCACACAUCCUAACUGCCAGGUGAAAAAACAGUUGGAACGGUCUCACGAUGGGCAGGUGACAGAAAUCAUUUACAAGGGAAAGCAUGAUCAUCCCAAGCCUCAGCCUAGCCGUCGAAUGGCAGUGGGUACAGUUAUAUCCAUGCAAGAAGAAAGAUCUGACAGAUUUUCAUCUUUAACUGCUAGAGAAGAUAAAACACAUGGUAUGCCAUCUCAUCAUGCUGAGCCAAAUGGUAUCCGCGAUGUAUCUCCUGUCAUGGCAAGUGAUGAUAACGUGGAAAAUGCACAGUGGAACAGGAACGGCGAUGAACUUGAUGAUGAUGAUGAUCCAGAGUCCAAGCGAAGGAAGAAAGAUCUUGGUGGUGUAGAUGUUACAUUGAUGGGGAAAGCAACCCGAGAACCACGCGUCGUAGUCCAAACUUUAAGUGAAGUUGAUAUACUGGAUGACGGGUAUCGCUGGCGCAAAUAUGGGCAGAAAGUGGUGAAAGGCAAUCCUAAUCCUAGGAGUUACUAUAAAUGCACAAAUGCUGGCUGCCCAGUUAGGAAACACGUGGAGAGGGCAUCACACGAUCCGAAAGCAGUUAUAACCACAUACGAAGGAAAACACAACCAUGAUGUACCAUCUGCAAGGAAUAGUACACAUGAACCAGCGGAGCCCACAAACUACAAUGCAAGUUCAAAUGGCAUGUUAAGGGUUAGACAAGAAGAGAAUGACAGUAUCAGCCUUGAUCUUGGGGUAGGUAUGACGUCAAGUCCUGAGAAUAGGUUAAAUGAAAAGCAACACCAAACAUUUCAUGGAGGACCCAUUGAAAACAGAUCUUUCAUGAAUCAUCCUGGUUGUAGCAAUGUAAUGCAAGCAACCCAAGUUUCAGCGCAUUACGGCUCUUUAAUUGACGGGACAGAUAGGUAUAAUCCAUCAAGGGAAGAUCAGACAAAAAGCUUCACCUUUGAGACUCCACCACCAUUGAACCAUUCUACCAAUCAGUACCAACAGAGCUUGGGAAGGUUAAUAAUGGGUCCGUAGAAUCAUUUUUUGUGCUUCUUGAUCAUUAAUAAAAUAUUUUGGACGUUUGUCACAAAAAGGAACGAUAUUUAUUUGAGGAAUCAUGGAAUUCCUAUUUCAGAGCUGUUGUACAUUGAAUUAUUAACCUUGUAAGCUGAAAUCUUAUGUACAGAUUAUCUGAAAGUAAUAUAUAUGCAACUUUCUUUUAUGAUCAAAA